UUCAAAAUUGUGUCCGAAAGACGACGGAGACCGGUACGCUACUGCUGCUGCAAUUCUGCAAUUAUUUCAAAACAAGCAUGCAUGCAGUAAGUAGUAGUGGUGUGUCUUAUAAUCUCAUAAUCUCAUUCAAAAUCUAAUUUUUGAAUUGUUAAGUACGUACUUAUAAAGAACUCAACCUGCGUUAGGUUGUGGUUUGGUAAAAUAAUUUUAAAGUCUAGGUAAAUGCCAUGGUGGGUGGGUUAUGUUAUGUUACUCUGUAAAAGUGAUUUCAACAACCCUUUUUGCGUGAAUUCGUUGAGACCAAAAGGUUUCGUGUGCUUUGUUGUGUUGUAUAAGUGUAUGUGACAGGUGUGCAACUGUGCACGGUCUUGAUGGAUCAACGGCAAAAAGAUCAGCCAACAACAAAGAGCUUUGUAUAUAUUUUUUCCAUAGAUUGCGGUACAAAGUACCUGUAGGUGCAUUUGGAUAACAUCAAGCUUUUUAGCGUUGCUUUCGAAGUGGAUAUUCGAAAGAAACCGUCAAAUUGUUGUUGUUUUUAUUUUAAUCGAAAUGGAAGAGCAAUCGUUUCACGAGAAAGAGGAAUUGGCGGAGAGUUUGACUGUGCAUCCGCAGCCAGAGCCGUGGGUCAAAUUCAAACCAGUGUUGGUAAAAAAGUUACUCGCUGAAAUGAGCGAUGAUGAUUUAGAUGACAGUGAUGACAACGGGACUCCAAAGUCUGAGAACUCGGAUGAUGAAUCGGACAAUCUUGACGGCUGUCAGCCACUGUCUGAAGAGUGCACCAGCGAUCUAGUCCUCUCAAAUUUGACGACACAGACAAAUGUUCAAGUGGAUAUUGCUGUAGGAGGUGAAAUUGUCGAGAAGUCUGACACCAUCCAGAAAAUCAAUGACGUUGAUUCUUCAAAAGUGAACGAGUGCACAGCAAGGACUGAGGAAGAUAAGCUUCUCAGUGGCUCUAAAUGUAGGAGUUCUAAAGGAUCAACAGAACCAGAUGGAAGUUUACUGUCUCGAUGGCAGUCACAGAUAAACAUAGACAAGAGAAAGUCGUUGCCAGUUAAGGAUCAGAGUGAGCCCAGCAUAAAAUCCAAGUGUACUCCUGAUCCCAAGAGAUACUCCCAUGGUGUAGCGUUUGGUCACACUAAUGAGAGUCAAGACAAGUAUGGUCACCAGUAUGAAACUUACGCCAAUUCUAAGGAAUCUCAGGAACCGAGAAGAUACUCUUCUGCAAGUAGUGGCAAGUUGUACAAUACCAAUAAUGAAUUCAUGGAUGAUAAAAUAUCAGCAUCUGUAAAGAUGCCAGUCGAUCAAGCAAAUAAUCGUAGGACUAGCGCCGCGCAUUCAACAUUAAAUGUAACACAUGGAGUUAUGGAUACACCAAUGAAACAUCUGCAUGGAUCUACAAGACCAAAUCCUUGUACAUCUCACAGAAACAUUUUUCAAACUCCUCAAGAUAAAAACGGCAAUGAGUAUGCAAAAAAUCCGAUGCAAACUCCAGCUACAAUAUUUUCACACAGCUUGUCCCAAAGGCACAUGGCUCAGACUCCAAUGCAAACUUUAAUGCCUGUUGGUAAAGAAUCCACGCAAACUCCUUCAAAUCGAGAAAGUAUGCGAACUCCUGCAACCACUUGUGUUCAGUCACACAAUGCUAGAGUUGAAAGACCCAAAUAUUAUAGUGCAGAAGGUAAGGGUGUUCGUAGACCGUUGGCAGAAACAAUGUUCUCUGCUUCGCUUCAAGGACCUCAGCUCCCAAGAUUGCAAGAAACCCCGAACGAGUCUCAAUCAAGUUUGCCAACCACAAAAGAUAGCAACGGUGCUCUGGCCCAUGAAAAUACUGGCGAAAAGAAACCUGUGUGUUCAUCGCACGUAGUUCAUGAGACUAAGGAAAACAAAAAUCCAAACACUCAUGACUUUCUCAAAAGUGAAAGCCAUUCUAGUUAUCAGCCAGCAAUUAAAAAUUCUGAGAACCACAGCAAUAGUCAGCCGUCAACGCAUAGCGGACAUUCCUCUACCGUGCAACCAGAUAACAAGCCAAAGACAGAUCAUCAUAAUUUAUGUUCUAGCAGUACUAGUGGGCACAGUUCAAAAAGUCACGACAGUCACAAAAGUAGAGAAAGUCUAAGUAUAGCACAUCCUUCUGUUCCUGCGCAAGUUGAACAGAUACCAACUGUACAGUAUACAAAAACUCAUCAGAAUAAUGUAUACAACUCCAGGCAAAAAAUAAUUACUGUUCAAGGCCAGCAGUAUUUAGUUUUGAGCGUCAUAGGCCAAGGUAUGAGCGGAGAAGUUGUGAGAGCUCAAGAUUUAUCAAACUUAGACUUGAGAGCAAUUAAAUGUGUCAACCUCAACAAAAUGGAUAGAGAAUCAGUUCAAGGUUGUUUACAAGAAAUCUGUAUGCUUGACAAAUUGAAAGCACCUUGUAUUGUACACAUGUACAACUUUGAAGUAAAACAGCCAUGGGUUUAUGUUGUGAUGGAAAUAGGUGAGAUAGAUUUGAGUCGUCUAUUAAAAUCUAUGUUGGCAGAAAAGAAAAAAAUACCGCUAUCCAUGAUUCUUUAUUAUUGGACCGAAAUGUUAACCGCGGUAAAGCACAUUCAUGAUAAUGGGGUCAUUCACUCGGAUCUGAAACCUGCGAAUUUUUUGUUGGUGAGAGGAAGAUUGAAAUUGAUCGAUUUUGGUAUAGCAUCAAGCAUGAAUCCUGAUAUGACAUCUGUAUUGAAAAAUUGUUCAAUUGGAACACUAAAUUUUGUGAGUCCAGAAGCUUUAAUGGACGUGAAUGCUGGUGGAAGCGACUCUCCAAAUCAGAAUGUUAAAUAUAAGAUAAGUUACAGGUCGGAUGUGUGGUCACUGGGCUGCAUUUUAUAUUCUUUAGUUUAUGGUGUCACGCCUUUCAACCACAUCCGUCAGCAGUGGGGCAAAAUAAGAGCAAUCACUGAUCCAAAACACAAAAUAAAUUUUCCUACAACUAGCGGGAACGAACCCGUACCGUUGAUUAUCAUAGAUGUACUGCGCAAGUGCCUUCAGCGCGAGCCCAAGGCAAGGCCUACAGUAGCUGAUCUCUUGGAGAUCCCUUAUUUGCAAGGCGACAUAAGUCGACCAAUAGUUCCUUCUGUACCGUCAACUAUUUUGUUGAAAAUAAAACAAGCUUUAUCUGAUGAUGAAUGGAAAGAAUUCUCCGAGGCGUUUUCUAAAAUGUAGACGAAAUGGAUUGAUGAAAAAAAAAAAAAAAAAUUCAAACAAAUCGAACAGUUAAAAGUGUACAAAUAGUGUAGUUUUGUUAAAUAAUGUAACGGUUAGAUUUAUACUAAGGUGAGUUCGAAAUGAUCGCACCUAUUUUUUUACAAUAAAAGCUUCGUAAACUUUUGCCUUAUAUAUUUUUAUAGCUAGGAUUAUAAAACUCUCGCGAGGUGAAAGGUAUG